AAUAAAAAUCAUCGGCUAUUAGUGGAGAUUUGUAGUUGAAGCCAAGUUGCUUCAAGUAUUCUUUAUAUAUCUUUGUUUCUUUCCAAAUUCUUAUCAAUUCCUACAAAUAAGAGAGAAAUGGAGAAGCAAAUAGUCAUUGGAUUAAUAAGCUUGUUAAUACUAUUAACAAUUGCCACAGCAGAUAAAAGCCCAAAAGCAGUAGAAAAAUGGUUCAAAAAUCUCCCUUAUGCAAAGACCAAAACCACCAAAUUUCACUUCUACUUUCAUGAAAUUUUUGGAGGAGAUAACCAAACAGCUCCUAUAAUUGCUCAAGCCAACAACACUACAGCUCAAUCACCUACAUUCUUUGGCAUGUUGAGAAUGUUCGACAACCCGUUGACUGUUGGGCCGGAUCCUAAUUCGAAACAAGUGGGCCGAGCCCAGGGAAUCCAUGGAUCUCCAUCAUUGAGUGAGUUGGCCUUAUUUUUCGACUUCAAUUUUGUGUUCACUGAUGGGCCUUAUAAUGGUACUACUUUGAGUGUGAUGGGCCGGGUCGCUGAAUCGCAAGAAUACAGAGAACUGUCGAUUAUUGGUGGAUCUGGAAUUUUCCGGCUUGCUAAGGGUGUUGCUACUGGGAAGACUUAUUUUUCUAACGAUAAACUUGUUAUUGUUGAGUAUAAUCUUAUAAUAAUUCAUUAUUGAAUUGUUGUUUCAAGUCAACUUAUAUAAUUGCUACUAGUUUAUUGAU